UAAAAUACUGUCCAUAACCUAUUUUUGAAAAGUUUACGUUCCUUUAUCUCAAUUUUUGAGAAAUUCGUUUGACUAGAUAACCUUUUGCAAAGGGCAUCUCCACAAAAAAAAAAAAAAAUUAUAUAUCCCAAACUCCCCCCCCCAAAACGGUAGUAAUACUGCAUCUCUCUCUCUCUCACUCACACACAAUUGCCAUCCUUCGGUCUUUCGAGUGUCUUCUCUUUUCCCUUUUUCAUUGCCCUUCCAUUUUCAUGCGCCGCACAUGAAUCCCUACGGUUUUUCAAACACCCUCCCAGGCUAUGUUGAGUUCGGUUCACAGCCCUCAAACGCCUUCACGACCUCUCAAGAUACAUACACUUCUCAACCACAACCACCACCACCGCACUCCUAUGUUUCAGCACCCGCAAAUGUUGCUAACAGUGGCCCUCCUCACUCAAACGCUAUGGACUUUUCCUUGGUCAACAAGAAUGGCUACGAUCUGGUGAAUUCAAUGGUGACAGCCUCAUCUGACAUGACCGCCUCAUUGAUGUCGGCCAUUGAUGCUAACGUUAUGAUGAGACCAGCUGCUCGACCUUUGCCCACCAGUACGAAUACUAAUGACUUUACGAAGCGUAAGAAUUGGGACCAGCGAAUUAUUGAAGAGUUGACCGACUUCUUACAUGUACUUUCACCCGUCGGUAAAAUUCUCUUCGCCUCCCCGUCCUCUGUGGAACUUGUCGGCUAUACACCCGACGAACUCCAUGGCCGAUCGAUCACGGAUUUCCUUCACUCAGACGAUAUCGAUAUGUUCAUACGCGAGUUCAAUUUGGCUAUUCAUACGCGAAGUGAAUUCAAGCUCUAUUAUCGGUUCCGAAAGAAGGACGACAAGUUUGUAACAUUCGAGGUUAUUGGACAUCCAUAUUUUGGAGGAUCAGGAAAUUCUGAAGUACCCAAAUGCUUUUUUGGCAUCGCUCAACCUUACCCUACAAAAGCAGGGACAAUGCUGGACUCCUUUUUGGAACUCAAGAUUGAAAAUGAAAAAUUGAGAAAUCAACUUAAGCUACUUCAGUCAUCUCCAUCGAAUGAAAAAAGUCACGCUGUAGGAGACAAUAAGAUAUUUGCGACCCAAGAACCAUCGAUCUCUUCCGCAAAGGAUGCCGUAAGGACCACAUCCAACUAUACCAAUACUCUGGAGCCUCAGCAUCAGGGGGCAUCUCAACGCGAUAACAACAAUAGUAAUAGCAAUAAUUCCAUUAUGUAUGGAUCUAGGAUGGAUCUGGACCGUCACCCCGUUGCUUUGUUAUCAACGAUCGAAUUUUCUAAAAACGAAACGGCUUCUGAUUUGAGUGGUCGAUCGUUGAAUGCAAGUGUCCCGGCAUCUGAUACCUCUCGAGCUACCACUAACUUGACCUCUGCGUCCAUAUCACCCAAAGCCGUUCAUAAGCAAUAUGAUGGCAGGGUCAGUAUACCCACUGGAGCCUCUGGUAUGUCUUCUUUGGAUAAUGAGACCAAAUCCAAACAAAGGAAGAAGAAGCAGCGUAUUGUGGAAGAUGAAUAUGUAUGUCAUGAAUGCGGAUGUGUUGAAAGCCCUGAAUGGCGCAGAGGUCCCAAUGGCCCGAAGACUCUAUGUAACGCAUGUGGACUUCGCUUUUCAAAGUACAGUAAAAAGCAGAAAAGCAGCAACGGGAAAUAAUGUUUGAUGUUUAGGAUGAGCGGAGGCAUGUAUAAACCUAUAGUGCAAGAGGUGUCAAAAUCGUGCAUAUCCUCGUAAUGGGGCAGGUGUUCAAAGAGUACCGAUAUCGUUGAUUCAUGCCUUCAUCCUCAAAUUCCCAAUUACUGGUUCACUACCCCUACCCCUAAAUUCGGCCACGAAAGAUAUCUUUUAGCACAAUGUUGUACAUAAUACUACAAGGACUUUUUCACACAAUGUUGUAAAUAGCACAGUUUAUCUAUUCUUCUACCCUCCUUUCACACUUUUUUUUUUUUUAUCGUUCCCAUUGUGGUAUCGCCACAAUGUUUCAUCACGACGUCAAUACAGUAAAAGCCGUCAACUUUGCACUAUAAUGGGAUGAUCAUCCAACCCUGCGUGGACAUGAAUUAUAGUUAAGCUUGCAGAUGAAG